AUGUUGGACGGCGUCGUGCCUCGCAGGAGGAGGAUGGACGGCGCCAUGCCGCAGGAGGGCGCCGGUGGUGGAUCGUCUUCCGGCUCGGUGCCGCCCGCGGGCCAGCGCGAGAACGAGGCGGUGCCGCGACCUGGAUACGACGAGGAAGAACGGAAGCGCAAGGGGAAGAUGCCGGCCGUGGACCAGAGCCUGCCGCCGCCGCCGCCGCCCGUCGAGAAGAAGCUCAUGGGCGACGCCAUCCGCGCCCACGCGAACGCGAGCACGUCGCCGCCGCUCCCGGCAUGGAAGGACGUCCCGUUCGACUACGGCGCCGUGAGCCAAAGGCUCCGCGACGUGCUCGAAGGCCUCGGCGUCGUCGCUGGCGCCGGCCCCGUGUGCGUCUACGAGAAGGAGAUGACCGUAUCGGACAGGGGCAAGGACCAGAACCGCCUGCUGAUAUCGUGCAAGGACAACGGCAGCAGCAAUGGCGGUGACGACAGGAGCAGCAAGAAGAGGAAGAACAAGGGCGGCGGUGGCGACGGUGACGAGCAUCGCGCGGCGGCGAAUUUCCGCAAGAUUUUUACGGCCAAGGAGUUGCUCAUCGUGCACCAGGAGGAACAGAAGCAGGAAGCGGAGGGGGUGAUGAUGAAGAAGAAGAAGACGACGACGACGGAGGGGGAUAUGGACAAGGAGAAGGAGAAGCCCGGUCUGGGCGUGCAGGCGUACGACCGCGACGGCGAGAUGUACCAGCUCAAGUGCAGGCACCUCAUGUGCAACAGCGCCUACCGGAUCAUCAAGGACUACGCGCGCUUCCUGGAGAACAACGGCCUGCUCGUCAGGAGGGACAAGCGGAAGCGGUCGCCGGAGGCAGCAGAAGGCAGCGACGGCGGACAGGGCGGCUCGCCGCUCGCCGUGGGGGCGGGCACGGAGGGCAAGAAGAAGAGGCGGAAGGGCAAGGCGCCGUCGCCGGAAGCGGCAGGCAGCGAGGGGCAGAGCAGCUCUCCGUCGCCCGAACCCGACGGCGGGGAGCACAAGGUGCGCCCUGCCCGCAUCGAGCUGUGGGCGUUCCGGUCGCCCAAGCUGACGCAGGGGUGCACCGACCACGCGGACGGCAAGCUCGGGCUGGUCCUGCUGCACUACCUCGAGGCCGACGGCGCCGAGGCCGAGCUUGCCGCGGAUGAGCCUGAGCCGCGUAGUUCUGAGGAGGAAGAUGCCAUGGAACCGGCGGCAAUGCCCAACGUGGGUGAGGCUGCGGCUGCGCACCAGAUGGCCGUGGAUGUGCCGGACGUGGUCGUCGAGGACGGCGCGGGCGCGCAUGAGGACGCCGCCGUUCAUGCCCACGCGGACGCCGUGCCCGUCAUAGAACCGGCGAUGCCCGACGUGGGUGCGCACGAGAUGGCCGUCCAUGUGCCGGACGUGGUCGUCGAGGACGACGGCGCAGGCGCGCAUGAGGACGCCGUUCAUGUCCAUGCGGACGCCGUGCCCGUCAUGGAACCGGCGAUGCCCAACGUGGGCGCGCACGCGAUGGCCGUCCAUGUGCCGGCCGUGGUGCUGCCUGUCCUCGCCGUCGCCGGUGCACACGAGGAGGACGCCGUCCAUGCCCCCAACGAGGACGCCGUGCCGGUCAUGGACGCGGACGAGAGGACGCGACUACUAGAGGCUGCAGAGGGGUUGCUACUGUUAAGUAAGGCACCAGUAGUUUUCUAA